AUGGCAGAAACAGUUCUCUCUUUGUGCUGCGUCAACUCUCAACUUUUCUGCACGAGGGAGGGACGACUAUUGCGGAGGGCUUCGACAAGAGCUCGCUUCUUCGGCAUCGCUUCAACAGGAUUUCUACGGCUCUGUUCGGAGAAAUUUCAGCUUCCAUCAAGAAUUGAGAAGCUCGUCAUCGAGUUGCUAGCGAAAUACAAAGCAUCCAAGUCAGAAUCAAAAACCCAAGAAACGUCUUAUUCUCAGCUCCUCGAAGAGGAUGAUUACCAACUGAAAGUUGUUUCAGUGGUUGGUAUGGGAGGACUUGGCAAAAACUACCCUAGUGGAAAAAAGUCCAUUUUGAGGAUCUUGAGUCAGAAGGCAUUUCCCAGUUCGUGCUUGGGUAACGUCUCUCAAACAUGUGACCUUUUCAGGAUUUCUCCUGAAAGACUUGAUUCGGCAGUUACACAAGGAAGGAAGAAACCAGUCCCACAAUCGAUCGAGUCUUUGAAUACCACCGAGCUGAAAAGGAAUUCAUCAAAGGAUUUUCUUUCAACAAGCUGGAAGACAUGUCUGUUGUACACAAGUAUCUACCCAGAGGAUUAUGCAAUAGAAUGCUAUGACCUAAUUAAUUUGUGGAUUGCUGAAAGGUUUGUAGAAUGGAGAGAAGGAAUGAGUAUUGAAGAUGUAGCUUGGGGUUGUCUUAGUGAACUCGUUAAUAGAAGGCUAAUUCAAGUGACUGACGUGUUUUAUGAAGGAUUACCCAACACUUGUCGAAUCCAUGACCUGUUGAGAGAAGUUAUUCUUCUCAAGUCAAGAGAACAAAACAUGGUCACAGUUAUUACUGAACAACUAACGAGGUGGCCGUCCGAGAAGGUACGCCGUCUGGUAGUCCAUGGUAGUAGCAGUAACAACACCCAGCAUCACCAACAAAGACCAAAUUAUUGCUUUGACCACCUUCGAUCGUUCGUUACUGUUGGAUCCACGAACCUACUACUACACAAAAUGUUGUUAUCUGAAGUUUCGAGGAGUAGUAAGCUGUUAAAGGUUUUGGAUUUGACUGGCCAAGAGGCACAGAAGAAAAUACCAAAUGAGAUUUUCAAGAUGUUUCGUCUCAAGCAUUUGGACCUAUAUGGUACAGGAGUGGAAAGAGUCCCAAAAGCCAUUGGAAAGCUUCAACAUUUGGAGUAUCUGAAUUUGGGAGAGACUGGAGUUAGGGAAUUACCCACGGAAAUUCUAAAGCUGCAAAAACUUCGGGUUCUCAGAGUAUAUCAACAAGUUGAUUCUUCCGAUGCUGAUUAUGGAUAUCAUGGAUUUAAAGCUCCCUCGAAUAUGGUAAGGCUUCUUGCCCUAGAAAUAUUAGACUGCAUAGAUGCAAGUAGUGGAUCCACAAUAGUUAAGGAGAUAGGAAAGCUGACCCAAUUAAGAGAGCUAUAUAUUACAAAGUUGAGAAGAGAAGAUGGAAAGGAGCUCUGCUCCUCCCUUGCUAACCUCACCAGUCUUCGGGAAUUAAGCGUUACUUCAAUUGGAAAAGGUGAUGAUCAUGAGAUAAUUGAUCUAAAUCAUCAUCAUCCUUCUCUUUCUUCUUCUUCUUCUUCGUUUCUUCAAUCUCUUCGUAUGCUGAUUUUGCGUGGCCGCUUAGAAAAGAUGCCAAAAUGGAUAGUUCAUCUUCAUGGCUUGGUAAGAAUAGAUUUGGAUUGGAGCGGGUUAAGGAGUGAGGAGGAUCCGUUUGAAUCCCUCCAACAUUUGCCCAAUUUGGUUAGUAUUAAUUUCUGUGGAUCUUACCAGGGAGAAGGGUUGUGUUUCAAGGCUGGAGGGUUCCUAAAGCUGGAGUGGAUGUACUUAAAGAGACUGGAAGGGUUGAGAUGGAUGAGAGUGGAGGAGGGUGCAUUGCCUCGUUUCCAUGAACUCAUUCUGGAACAACUUCCAUUGCUAGAUGAGUUACCUUUGGGUAUUCAGCACUUGAGCCAUCUUCAAGGGCUGUAUUUGUAUGAGAUGAGUUCCAAAAUGAUAGAAAAGGUAGAGAAUCAGAAGGAAGAAAGUGAAGAUUACAGAAAAAUCGCACACAUUCCUGAAAUUGUCAUUGGUUGCUAUACAGAUGAUGGGGAAUGGAGACAACACAGCCUGUGGGCUGAGAAGAAGUAG